UGGAUCUGUGCAGGUGCACCUUUCCAAAAGGUUUUCCAUGAAGAUGGAUAGUGCAACAAUCACCGCAACGCAGCUGACGCAAGGUACAUGCACCAUCACUUUGCAAGAGUGCGCGCUCCCUAGUCAAAACAAGUCGAAGGUGCUGAAAAGACAGCGCUCCAGUUCACCCGAGCUUUUGCGUUGCAAGCGGAGACUCACGUUUAACGGGCUGGGAUACACCAUCCCGCAACAGCAGCCUGUCGCGGUGGCGCGACGCAACGAACGCGAGAGAAAUCGCGUCAAACAGGUCAACAUGGGAUUCCAGACGUUGCGUCAACACGUCCCGAACGGAGCGUCCAAUAAGAAGAUGAGCAAAGUGGAAACGCUGCGCUCGGCGGUGGAGUACAUCCGCGCGUUACAGCAACUGCUGGACGAGCACGACGCGAUCUCGGCCGCAUUCCAGUGCGGCGUGCCGUCACCGACGAUCUCCAACGCGUACUCCGCUGACCCAGAGUCCCCUCACUCCUCUUAUUCCUCGGAUGAAGGGAGUUACGAGCACCUGAGCUCUGAGGACCAAGAGUUACUGGACUUUACAACUUGGUUUGAUCGAUACUGA